GCAGCGCCAGGUCACUUAGUUUGGUGUUUUGCGGAAGGAUCCCCACCUAUCAACAUAUCCAUGUUUAAGAACUCCACGUCCUUGGCUAAUGGGACUGGCUUGGUAAUGACUGCAUUAAAUGAAACUGGAAUCUACUCGUGUGUGGCAAGUAAUGAAGCUGGUACCGACUCCAGAGACCUAUCAGUUACUAUUGUGGAUUGCGGAAAUCUGUGUUCUAGCCAUGGUAAAACAAUGGACAAUCAAGUUGAAAAUGAAUUUUGGUGUGAUGGGUCAGAUUCAUCAGUUGAUAUCUUAAAGUGUCUUCCAUCGACGGCUACAACUCUCACUAUAAAGGGGAUGAAGAUGAGAUAUUUGCCUAAAGAAGCCUUCCGUCACAUGACUGCGCUUAAAUACCUUAAUAUCACAGAUAAUGAAAUAGAAGUGCUACCAGAAGUACUAUUUUCAGAGUUAUUCAGCCUGCAAGAACUGUAAGUUUGCAACUCAAUAACAUACGAUUACCUUUUAAGACGCUUUUAGAUAUAGAUUAAAGCUAUUACACUUUGCAAAUUCGCAUCCUUUGUUCAUUUGCUUAGAUGUGUUAUUUAGCCAGAUUUACUUAUUACCAACCAGAGUAGAGUAAUAAUCUAAACCAGUUUACGCAAUGGACACUCAGUACUCUACAUUGUACAUUUGGUGUUCGUUAAUGGUUGGGCAAUAGUCACUACUUUCAGUUUUUGAUUAACGUUGCCUCCAUGAUUUCUAAGCCUCU